ACACCUACAUUAUUCACGUUGUUGUUGUUUUCUGUAUACACGUCUAUCCCCUUGAUACCACCAUCUUCUGUGAACUCAUUGUUCAAUCAAACCCUAACUCAUCUCUCCUGAUCUCUCUGUCAUCAUGCCGUCUGCUUAUGGUGCUCGAUUGACCACCUUCGAGGAUUCCGAGAAGGAAAGCGAGUGCGGUUACGUUCGCAAGGUAUCAGGGCCUGUUGUGAUUGCAGAUGGAAUGGCUGGGGCUGCUAUGUAUGAACUUGUUCGUGUUGGACACGACAACCUUAUCGGGGAAAUUAUCCGUUUGGAAGGAAAUUCUGCUACAAUCCAAGUUUAUGAAGAAACUGCUGGACUGAUGGUGAAUGAUCCUGUUUUGAGGACACACAAGCCUCUGUCAGUGGAAUUGGGCCCUGGAAUAUUGGGAAAUAUUUUUGACGGUAUCCAGAGGCCUUUGAAAACCAUUGCAAAAAGAUCAGGUGAUGUCUACAUUCCUCGUGGUGUAUCUGUCCCAGCACUUGACAAAGAUAUACUUUGGGAAUUCCAGCCUAAAAAAAUAGGCGAGGGAGAUCUUGUAACAGGUGGAGAUCUAUAUGCUACUGUGUUUGAGAACAGUUUAGUUGAACACCGCAUUGCUCUGCCUCCUGAUGCGAUGGGAAAGAUAACAUAUAUUGCACCACCUGGUCAAUACUCGUUGAAGGACACCGUCUUGGAGCUUGAGUUCCAAGGUGUCAAAAAGAAAUACACCAUGCUUCAGACUUGGCCUGUACGUACACCUAGGCCCGUUGCAUCAAAACUUGCUGCAGAUACUCCUCUUCUUACUGGACAGCGUGUUCUUGAUGCGCUCUUCCCUUCAGUUCUUGGUGGGACGUGUGCCAUUCCUGGUGCGUUUGGCUGUGGGAAAACGGUUAUUAGUCAAGCUCUAUCUAAGUACUCAAAUUCAGACACUGUUGUUUAUGUUGGUUGCGGGGAAAGAGGAAACGAAAUGGCAGAGGUUCUCAUGGAUUUUCCUCAAUUGACUAUGACUUUGCCUGAUGGCCGUGAAGAAUCCGUCAUGAAACGUACCACACUUGUUGCCAAUACUUCUAAUAUGCCUGUGGCUGCUCGUGAGGCUUCAAUUUAUACCGGUAUUACCAUAGCUGAAUACUUUAGAGAUAUGGGCUACAAUGUAAGUAUGAUGGCAGACUCUACCUCACGUUGGGCAGAAGCAUUGCGUGAAAUUUCCGGUCGACUGGCAGAAAUGCCUGCAGACAGUGGUUAUCCUGCAUAUCUGGCGGCACGUUUGGCAUCUUUCUAUGAACGUGCUGGUAAAGUUAAGUGUCUAGGUGGACCAGAACGAGAUGGUAGCGUGACAAUCGUUGGUGCUGUAUCUCCACCUGGAGGAGAUUUCUCAGAUCCCGUUACCUCUGCUACCCUCAGCAUUGUUCAGGUUUUCUGGGGUCUAGAUAAGAAGCUUGCCCAAAGGAAACAUUUUCCUUCUGUUAACUGGCUUAUCUCCUACUCAAAGUACUCAACGGCUCUAGAAUCAUUCUAUGAGAAGUUUGAUUCCGAUUUCAUCGACAUCAGGACAAAGGCUCGUGAAGUGCUACAGAGAGAAGACGAUCUCAAUGAAAUUGUCCAGUUGGUGGGAAAAGACGCCUUAGCUGAAACAGAUAAAAUUACCUUAGAAACUGCAAAACUUUUGAGGGAAGACUAUCUUGCUCAAAAUGCGUUCACACCAUAUGAUAAGUUCUGCCCCUUCUACAAAUCUGUAUGGAUGAUGCGCAACAUUAUCCAUUUCUAUAAUUUAGCCAAUCAGGCGGUGGAGCGAGGAGCUGGAAUGGAUGGCCAGAAGAUCACUUACACGCUGAUCAAACAUCGGUUGGGUGAUCUAUUUUACCGCCUAGUGUCACAAAAGUUUGAGGAUCCCGCCGAAGGAGAAGAUGUUCUGAUUGGGAAAUUUAAGAAAUUAAAUGACGAUCUCACUGCUGGUUUCCGCAACCUUGAGGAUGAAACUCGGUAAACAAACGACACGUAAUAAUCAGUUUAUUUGAAGAUGAAACCGAGCGGCAAUGUUCAUCUUUCAAGUGUGAAGAGUCUGUCGGUUUCAGGGCGGGUGUGUUGUUUUAAAGAAGGAAGCAAAAUGAGAUUGUUAUUAGUUUGAUUUGUUUAUUUUAUUUAAAGGCUGUUUAUUGUCAUUUGUGUUUAGCUAUAUUUAUUCAUGCAUCCUUUGGGCAUUUUGUCAUGAGAGCUUAAAUAAGCAGAGCGGCUUGCAGGUUACUCUCAGAACUUGAUGUUGAUGGUACUGUUGGAUCAUUUAUAUAUUUUUACUCAUGAGCAUAUGAAUGAAAUAAGGGGGAUUUGUAUGUUAAAACUUGUAAAUUGAUUUUAAUGAUUUUGUGCUCAUGCUUUAGGUUA